AUGCUUCGCGGCAGAGGCUCGUGGGUCGGAUUCUCGACCCGGUUGAAGCAUUACACGAUCCGACGUCUCUGUACCAAAGCAGAGAAUGGUGGGAACAAAAUCGAGAAGAAGGAAUCUAGUGUUGCUCAAUACAACGAGGCUGAAUCUAGCGUUUCUCGGUACGAUGAGACGUAUAAGAAGCUUGAUAAGCUCGAUUUCGUGACUGCUGCGAAGAUCUUGUUCACUGAACCACCGAAGAAGAAUAAAUUUGGGUUUGAUUGGCAUGUGGUGCAAUUCAUUAUCGUCUGCUUGCCAUCUGUAGCUGUGUAUCUGGUUGCUCAAUAUGCUCGUCGUAAAAUGAGGAUCAUGGACGCAGUGAGUUAUCGUUCUUGUUCGCUAUCAAAGUGA